GCUGGUCAACAACAGCUGCUUUACCAGAAACCAGGAGGCGUCAAAGUUGGCGAUGUGACAAUACGCGUCCUGACCUGUGAGAUCUUUAAUCGUGUGAGUGAGUGAGUGAGUGAGUGAGUGUGUGUGUGUGUGCGUGUGUGCUGCUCGUCCAUGGUGCAGCUGUGAGCUGCGGCAGCCUCUGAAAGGAGCACCAUGGCAAUGUGGAUCCAGGCCCAGCAGCUCCAGGGUGAAGCGUCUCACCAAAUGCAGGCGCUGUAUGGCCAGCACUUUCCUAUCGAGGUGCGGCACUACCUGGCCCAGUGGAUUGAGACCCAGCUGUGGGAUUCUGUGGAGUUGGACAACCCAGCGGAGGAGGCCAAAGCCAAGCGCCUGCUGGACAACUUGGUGGCCGAGCUUCAGAGGAGAGCCCAACUUCAGGGAGGAGAGGAUGGCUUUCUUCUCAAGAUCAAGCUGGGCCACUGUGCCAACCAGCUCAAGAGCACUUAUGACCGCUGUCCUCUGGAGCUGGUGCGCUGCAUUAAACACAUCCUGCACUCAGAGCAGAGGCUGGUUCAAGAAGCUACAAAUGCCAGCUCUGAGGCUGGCGGCCAGGCAAUGGACAGCCUGUCACAGCGGCACCAACAGAUCAACCAGGCUUUUGAGGAACUUCGUUUGGCAACACAGGAGACUGAGAACGAACUGAGAAAGCUGCAGCACAGCCAGGAGUACUUCAUCAUCCAGUACCAGGAGAACCUUCGUAUCCAGGCACAGCUCAGCAACUUGUCUUCACUGCCUCCAGCCGAGCGCACCCAGCGAGAGACCACCCUACAGAGCAAGAGGGCCACUGUGGAGGCCUGGCUCACCAGAGAGGCCACCACACUACAGAAAUACAGGCUUGACCUGUCAGAGCAACACCAGAAGACCCUGGGCCUGUUGAGGAAGCAGCAAACUUUAAUCCUUGAUGAGGAGCUCAUCCAGUGGAAGAGGAGGCAGCAGCUGGCUGGCAACGGGGGUCCUCAUGAGGGGGGACUGGAUGUCCUCCAGUCCUGGUGUGAGAAGCUGGCUGACCUGAUCUGGCAGAACCGGCAGCAGAUCCGGCGCUGUGAGCAUCUAACCCAACAGCUCCCCCUGCCAGGCCCCAUGGAAGAGCUGCUGAGCAAGCUCAAUAGUGACAUCACUGAUAUCAUCUCCGCCCUGGUUACCAGCACCUUCAUCAUUGAAAAGCAGCCACCCCAGGUGUUAAAGACUCAGACCAAGUUUGCAGCCACUGUGCGCCUCCUGGUGGGUGGAAAACUGAACGUCCACAUGAACCCACCACAGGUCAAGGCAGUUAUUGUCAGUGAGCAGCAGGCCAAAGCUCUGCUGAAGAAUGAGAGCACACACAGUGAAAGCAGUGGAGAAAUCCUCAACAACAACUGUGUGAUGGAAUAUCACCAGGCCACUGGCACCCUCAGUGCACACUUCAGAAACAUGUCACUGAAACGGAUCAAGCGCUCUGACCGUCGAGGGGCAGAGUCAGUGACGGAGGAGAAGUUCACAGUUCUGUUUGAAUCACAGUUCAGUGUCGGGGGAAACGAACUCGUCUUCCAUGUCAAAACCUUAUCACUGCCUGUGGUAGUGAUCGUCCACGGCAGUCAGGACAACAAUGCUACAGCAACAGUCCUGUGGGACAAUGCCUUUGCUGAGCCGGGCAGGGUGCCAUUCAUUGUGCCAGAAAAGGUGCUGUGGCCCCAGCUGUGCGAGGCCCUGGAUAUGAAGUACAAGGCGGAAAUGCACAGCGGGCGUGGCCUGUCAGAGGAUAACCUGGUCUUCCUGGCACAAAAGGCUUUUUCAAGCAGCAGCAACAACCCUGAGGACUACAGCAAGAUGACCAUCUCUUGGGCCCAGUUCAAUCGGGAGAGCUUACCUGGACGCAACUUCACCUUCUGGCAGUGGUUUGAUGGAGUUGUAGAGCUCAUGAAGAAACAUCUCAAGCCUCACUGGAAUGAUGGUGCCAUCCUGGGCUUUGUAAACAAGCAGCAGGCACAGGACAUGUUGUUGUCCAAACCCAACGGCACCUUCCUGCUGCGAUUCAGUGACUCUGAGAUCGGAGGCAUCACCAUCGCGUGGGUGGCUGAGAAUCCCAACAAAUCAGGGGAGAGGUUGGUCUGGAAUCUGUUACCUUACACAACCAAGGACUUCUCCAUUCGUUCCCUGGCUGAUCGCAUCAGUGACCUGAACCACCUUCUGUAUCUCUACCCUGACCAGCCCAAAGAUGAGGUUUUUGCCAAGUACUACACCCCUCCACUCUCAAAAGCAGUGGAUGGAUAUGUAAAACCACAGAUCAAACAAGUUGUGCCAGAAUUUACCACCCCAAACCCUGAACCCAGCGGAGCAACUCCUUCAUUCAUGGAUCAGACAGCUUCUCCCUCUGUGACCCACCCCAACAACUUCAGUGUUUACCCUCCUAUUAGUGACACCAUGUUGGAUGCAGAUGGAGACUUUGACCUGGAGGACACGAUGGACGUGGCCCGUCAUGUAGAGGAACUGCUCCGCAGGCCCAUGGCCAACCAGUGGAGCAGCCAGCAGUCCUGAACCUGAAACCUGAUACUGCUGCACACCUUCAGGUUUACUUCUUAUCUUAUCCACUCCUUUAAUUCUCUCCGAAUUGCAGCCACAUUAAGAGAUGUUAUGGGUUCAUUUGUCCCUCUGACAGAUCCACAUUACAAUUCACAUUCAUCAUGUUUCUGCUGCCCGCAGAAGGGAAGAACUGUUUUUUUCUAAUCAAUAUUGUCUCAGCGGAGAUGGUAAACCAUGGUUUCAAGAGUCAGCUUUAUCGGCAUUGGACAGAGGACCGGGCCUGCUGUUCUCUCCGCCCAUCAUAGUUUCUCAGGACGGUCAUGAAGACCUGGGUUUGGUCAAUGGGAUUUUUAUACAUUUAGUUUUUAUGUGAGCUUUAUGUACCUGAUGAGUUUUUAGCUUGCACAAUGAGACUUAUGCAUAAGAUUUGAGAGUAUUUAAAAAUUCUUUUAAAAGAUUUUUCUACAGUUAACAUGGGUUAAUGUGACUGAAUUUAGAAAAAAUUACUCUCUUCUCUCUUUGUCAAUAAUUAAUAAUAGUUGUAUACUUAGUACUAUCUAUCUAGUAGUAAGUCCAUAAAAAAGUGAGACCAUGUAACUUUAGCUGAACAUCAGCCACUGUGAACACCAGCAGUAUUUACAGGAUGAUGGAAAAUUUUAUUUCCCCCCAUUUAUCAAAGUUUAUCUUUAAUCAUUUGCUUUAGAGCCACUUAGCAAAACAAGUCUAAAUCAACAACCAUGCCUCCCAUGUAGGUGCAUCGUAGUUACUGCUGUGUCAUUGGCUUUAGACAGGUUUAAACCUGUGAUGCUGGAAACUUAAUCAAGUAGUGUCCUCAACUCCAGUGUCCUGGGAAGCUGCAGUUUCAACUUCACCUGUGGUUCAGUGUGAGCCCAGAAGCUGUGUCCUGUAGAAGAAACCAUCUGAACAACAUGAGGUUUUACACAAACAUGGUUCAACGUCUGGUUUGAAGUUGGAACCUGGUAGAACUUAAGUUUCUGUCAUCUAGCUGAGAGUAAUAACUGGUCAUGUUUCCAGUUGCAGUUGGGAUCUCUGGUUCCUUCAUUUGCUUAUCUUACUGUUUGCUUGUUCUAUGGUUUAUGAUCAAUUUAAACACCAACCAACGCCAUUGGUUAUGUAGACUGGCCAGCGGUCACAGAGAUAGAUGAAAGCUCAGAUAUUCUUUCUCCAGUAAUAGAGAUUAAAGUACAAAAAUAAUAAACAAUCAAAUAAGACAACUGUCAGCAACAUCAUCAUUUUGUAGUAUUUAAUAGUGAAUGUUCAGUAGUGAUUAUAGUGAAUUUGACUCAGCAAUCAGAUUCAACCCGGAAAGUCCCUGUUUAGCUGCGCUAUUCAGAUGCUAAGUGACACAGCUUCAGUCUCUGUGUAUAAACAGUUGUCUGGAACAUACUUAAACAAAACAGUAAAUGCUUAACAGUAGUUCAAGUUGUAAAACGUCAUACAUAAGUUUCAAGACUUUUGAAUUACCUUCUCUAAUUCGAUGUUUGUAUAAAUAUAUGUUUCCAGAAUGGAACCUUCGGUGUAUAUAAUAUGCCAUCAUACUUUUUGUCUGUCCGCAUAAUCAGAGAGCAGCUCAGGACUGAAAAUAACAGUUUUAUUAUCUUAGAAAUGUUUUCAUCAUCUAUUAAUUCAAUUAAUUGUUUUGUCCACAAACUGUAUAAACAUUUUGAAAAAAAUCUCAAUUAUUUACCCUCAGACAUCCAAAGCCAAAAGUUAUAUCUUUGAAUUGCUCAGUCUUUCUGACCACCUGUCCACAAUUCAAAAACAAUCAGUUUACUGUAAUAUACAUCCCCACAUGUGAGAGGAUGACAGCAAUUUUAUUUGCAUUGCGUCACUCAUUUUUGCAAGGAAAGGGCCAUUAAUUGAUCAUCAGAACUCGUACUAAUUGAUCCUUUGUAGAUCAGAUACAUAACCAUGACAGCUCUGAUCAUGUGUGCAGCUUUGCUUCUGAAACCAGAGAAACAAUUAUCCCACCCACCUCAGCUGCAGUUUGUCCAUUUCGCUCUUUAUGAUGAUGAUGAUGAUGAUGAUGUUAAUCUUUUUCUAGCUUCUCCGUUAUGCUGAAGUAACCUUCAGUGAACAUUUCUGUGGAGAUUCACUGCUCCGUUGAUCUCUCUGUCCCUUUUGGAUUGAUAAGGACAGCACUGUCCAUCAGUACAUUUGAAAGCCAUUGUCCAUAACACUGUACUACUACCAGCAUCCAGGGAAAAUCUCUCAUAGAACACAACUCAUCCAUAAUGAAGUUAACACAGCAAACCUCAGGAAAGUCACUGUGGGGGGGAAAAGGCAGUUGUGUCCAACUCAACCAAAUGAUUUGAGUGUAGAUGGGGAUACUAUGUAACUUGUGUGCUGCCUUUACCUCUUACGCUUAUUGUGAAAUAAAAGCUGAAACACAAAACGUUUUAUUUUUACUAAUGCAGUAGUAGUUUCCCUUUUUGUCCUUGAAUCAACCAAAUGUGUGUAUCCAGCUCAUUGCUGCUGUGCUGUCCGCUGGCUUCUGUACAAUCUGCCUCAUGUACUUCCACAUUGCGCUACACUUUGCUGGAAGUUUGGUGUUUGGAUUUGACUUGGAAAUAAAACACAUUUUUUUUAUUAA